UGAUAUUCAUAUCUUCCUCGAGGUCACCCUCAUAAUGGACGAGAAACUUAGUCUCAGAAGAAUUUUCUCUCCUCCAGUUUUAAACACAAAUCCUUUACCAACCAGUUAAAAAAUCCUGCGGUUCAUCGAAAAUGGAGGUGGGGAACAGACAAGAACCGAACAACAGCAACAACGCUCAUCCUGUCAACGAGGAGGGCGGAAAAUGGGAAUUAUCAAAGUACCUUGAGCAUCAAGGCGAGUGGUUAGAGAGAGCCAGAGGGAACCUAAUGGUUGUGGCCACUGUCUUAGCCACGAUCAGUUUCCAAGUCGCGAUCAAUCCGCCUGGCGGCGUCUGGCAACAGGACGACGGAUGUGGCCCCACCGGAGAUAACUGUACCAGGAUUGCUGGAACAUCCGUACUAGAGAACUCCAAGUUUGGAUCCAAAGACGCAAUCUUCCAUGACUUGCUCACCAACUGUAUUGUGUCUUUCACAUUCUCCAUGGCCACUAUCUACUUCCUCCUCUUGGGCGUUUCACUCAGGAGCAAACUUGUGGCGUUCUUGAUAUUCUCUAUGAUGGGUUCCGCGGUUGGCGUGACGGUUCAGGCAUUCAAGCUUUCCGUUAGGUUGGUUCACUCGGACAACUCCUCUAUCCGGUCUAGAAUGUUGAUUUACGACUGGUUCUGGCUUGUGAGUACGGCGUGUUAUACUGCGCAAUGUCCUGCUUUAGAAAAAGGUCGAACCGCCGCUCGAGACCUUCCGGCCAGCCACCCUCGUCCACUGCUUGAGAUUUUCUGAAAACUUGUUUAGUAAGUCUGGUUCGAGCCUUUUGGGAAGCUAUGAACAAUACUCUACGUCGUCGUCGGGUGAGGAUUUUCGUCGAGAUUUAUAUAUAUGUUUAACUAGCUAUACCGUUUUUCGACUAUUGUUAUCAUCAUUUGGCACGAUUCGAGAUCUCGACAAAACGGGUUUGUAUUCGAGCUGACCAUAGGUUAUAAAGUAUGGAGGGAUGUUAUGAAUGGUAAAAUCUAAAUUGAUAAGG